UGCACAACCAUGAUCUCAAAGCCUAUCGACUUACACCGCGUUUUAGAAUCAUCCACGGAUGACGUGGUGAACUUCGUCCACGCAACAAUUUUUCCCGGAGAAGUAAAGCGGUGCAAGAGAGAGAGAAGCAGAGAACGCUAUAGAACGCCGUAUAAAGGGCGUAGGGGAUUGAACGAAACCGUAACCUUAAACCCUAGGGCAGAGGAGAUCGAGAUCGAGAGAGAGAGAGAGAGAGAGAGAGCAAUGGCGACGGAGAGCUCGGCCAUGGCGGUGAUCAGGGCCUCGCGCCCCUUCUUUCGCAACUCCCACGACAAGGUCGCCUUCGCCGUCCACGCCUCCUUCCUCGCCGCCGGCUACUCCCUCGCCGCCGCCGGGAAGAGCGCCUUCACCGAUCACCUCCCCUCCGGGGAGGAGGAGGUGGGAAUCGAUGGGUGGAACGAGCUUGAAGAUCGCUACGCUUUUGUUUACUUUAAGAAUGAGAAGGGGGUAAAAAAGCGAGUUCUGGUCAAGUGCUUGGCGAUUGGAGAUAAGCUCGCUGUAGAUGUGCUGAACCUUGAAGGGGAGCAAAAGGAACCUCUUCAUCUCCAAAUCAAUGUGAAGGAUUACUUGUCUGACGAUGGUGUUGAUCAACCGAGAAAUUAUGGGGAUAUGUACAAGGAUCUUAAGGGCCUUGUUGAGAGCUUGAAGUCUAGUGUUUUGGAUAAAUUGGAGGAUGGAUAUGAACGAAAAUUGAAUGCCAAAGUCGAGACCUCUUCAUCUUCUCGCAGUUAUGAAGGGCCUGAUAUAGACUUAAACACUCCUGAAUCGGUUGUGGGAGUUCCAGCUGAGGAUCAGCGUCAACCACCAAAUAUUGUAUAUCCUCCAGUUCCCCCAUUUGACUACAAUGACGCGAUCCCUGGGGCUGGUGCUGGGUUUUAUCCUAACAGGGGUCCCGGAAUCGGUGGAGACAUGCUCGUAGGGCCAAAUAAUCCAAUCUUUUUCCCUCCUGGUGGACGCCCUGAUACUCUAGGUGGAUUGCCUGGUGUACCUCCUGGUGCUCGGUUCGAUCCCAUUGGUCCUCCUGAUGUUCCAGGCUUUGAGCCUGGUCGCUUUGUCAGGCGUCAGCGGAGGCCCGGCGGCGGUACUCAUCCAGAUCUUGAAUUCUUCCAACAAGGCCCUGACUUCAUAUAGAGUGUUGCCUCAGUUGCGCGGCAAUUUUGCGUUUUCACCAUGGUUUUGAUGCAUGCAUAUGUUUGCCGCAUAUAUAGCUGACAGACAUAUACCUGACAGACAGUGCAAUAAGUUUCCUUUCUGUUGCAUCUAAAUAUAUGACAAAAAAGAUGUUCUAUGGUGUUAUACUCCUGUGAAUGUGGUGCACUGUGUCCUUUCAUUACCAUGUUCUGCUUUUAGUAGCAUCAUGAACUCUUCUGAGUUCCUUGAGCCAAUUAGGGUGAUCUCUCUUCUUAGAUCCACUUUUGCUUGUGGGACGUCAUCAUCAUUAAUGAAUUUUUAGAGCCUUAAAAGACAGUUUUAUUUUA